CGGAGCGAGAGCGGCCCGCGGACGGCGUCCGACUGGGCUGCGCGGGCGGCGGAGAGCGCGGACUGCCCGGACUGAUUUUAGAAAAUGGGGCCCACGGCGCGCCUGGUUACCAUCAAGAGGAACGGGGUGGACGGCAUCCCCUUUCCGCUGACCCUUAGCUCCUGCCUGUUCGGAAGGGGAACCGAAUGUGACAUUCGUAUCCAGCUUCCUGUAGUGUCAAAGCAACACUGUAAAAUUGAAAUCAGUAAGCAGGAGGCUGUAUUGUAUAAUUUCAGUUCCACAAAUCCAACGCAAGUGAAUGGGUCAGCUAUUGAUGAACCUGUACCGCUAAGACAUGGGGAUAUAAUAACAAUUAUUGAUCGAUCUUUCAGGUAUGAAAAUGAGAGUUAUCAGAAUAGAAGCAAGUCACCUCAGCUUCCAGAAAAAACACGUGAACAGAGGUCUGUGCGGCGAGCCUCGAGAGCAAGCUUCUCUGCUGACCCUGAUGAGAAAGAGCGGGAUUCCAAGGCCCGUUCUAACAUCACCGAAGGAGAUGCUUCAGGAGGGUCUCGGGAACAUGUCAAGGAACUCAAGCAGAACAUUCUUACCUCAGAUGGCUCAAAGGACAGUGCUGCCCAAGGACCACUUGAGGCUCCUUCAGCACAUUCAAGACAUGGUAGCAGGAAUGCAAGAGAUCCCAACACUGGGGAUUUAAAGGACCAGUCCCAGGUGACUGUAUUGGGCUGUGGUGGAGAACUGAUACCUUUUCCCACCUCACAGUUUCUCGACAGUGGCAAUAAAAAUGACUCUCCUUUUAAGAUACUCUAUCAGUCAAUGAAGGAAGAGCUUGAUGUAACAUCACAAAGACAAAAUGUUCAACAGUAUCAUCGAAAAUCAGGAUCAUCAGCUGCUCGCUCAGCAGAAAAGGGCAGUGCUGAUGGUUCCCAGGAGGCUCGGCUAUUGGGAUCCUGGAAGUCAAGACCAAGGUCCAGCAGAAGCACCCAUAAUGGUCCUUCUUCACCUGCACCAGAAAGAAGUCAGGCUGAGGAAAGCAAGAGUGACCCAGAGCCGACUCAGACUCCCAAACAAGCUGCACAUUCCAGCAUUUCUCCCUCUCCUUUGACUAAAGCGCAGACCCCUGUGCGGCACUCGGAACAACGAAGAUCUUCACGGAAACGUAGGAGUGAGGACCUGCAUGUUGCUAUUGGAGAAGAGUCUAUGAAUCUGGAUAAGAAUGUGGAUAUGUCUUUGAAGAGAAGGCGUGUGUCCUUUGGGGGUCAUCUAAGACCUGAAUUAUUUGAUGAAAACUUGCCUCCUAAUACACCCCUGAAAAGAGGAGAGACCCCAGUCAAGAGGAAGUCUCUUGGAUCUCAUUCUCCAACUGUCCUAAAGAAAAUCAUCAAGGAGCAGCCUCAAUCAUCAGGAAAAGAAGAGUCUCUGGGAAUCAGCUCGGGAGUGAAAGCACACGAUGUAUCCAAAGCUGCUCUAGCUUCUAGUUCUAGAGAAACUCCUCCAAGGACAAAUGACCAAAGGCGAAGGUCACUCAAGGGCUCUGCUGCCUCUGCUGAUGAGCAAUUUCCACAGGAGACAGACACGCCAAAGAAAGCAGGGAGGAGGAGUGGCCACCUGCCUCCAAAGAGAGCGUCCAUUAGUCGAAGUCAGCAUAACAUUUUACAGAUGAUUUCUUCCAAAAGAAGGAGUGGUGCUUCUGAAGCCAAUCUAAUUGUUGCAAAAUCAUGGGCAGAUGUGGUAAAACUUGGUGUAAAACAAACCCAAACGAAAGUUGUGAAACAUGUCCCCCCUCCAAGGCAGGCGAACAGGAGACAAAGAAGACCUAAUACUCCAAAGAAGCCUUCUGUCAGUGUUCACAAUGAGUGCAGCACAGGCCAUGCAAACUCUCCUUGUACCAUAGUAAUAGGGAAAGCACAGAUUGAAAAAGUAAGUGCACCGGCUAGACCCUACAGAAUGCUGAACAACUUUGUUUUCAACCAGAAAAGGGACUAUAACGAAGAUCUCUCAGGGCUAACAGAAAUGUUUAAAACUCCAGUGAAGGAAAAGCCACAGAUGAUGAGCACCUGUUCUGCCACACCCUCCAAUUCAGAGAAUUUGCUUGGGAAAAAAUCGAAAGUAAUUAGCUCAGGGGAAGAAUCUCUGCCCAUCCCUUCAGUGAAUUUAGGAGAAAAUAUGUACUCUAGUGCUCAGAAUGCAGCAAAAGGACCAUCUGAUGAAUGUUUACCAAGCCCUAUGUUAAGAAGAAAGUGUAUAAAAGAUGAAAAGAUAGUCAAAACUCCUAGAAACAUGCAUAAAAUUACUCAUUUUGAUAUUAAAACUCCAGUUUCUGCAACAGAGACUCUAACCACAGUAUGUAGUACAAAUAAGUUAAGCAAUUAUGAUAGAACUAUGGAAGUGGUUAAGGAAACUCCAAAGCAGAAAUCAGACUCAGCAACAUCUGCAAAAGGAAUGAGGAGAUUGCUAAGAACUCCUAGAAAAUCGCAACCUCUGGACGAUCUAGAUGGUGUCAAAGAACUAUUACAAACACCAAAACACCUAGAUGAGCCCAUAAAUGAGUAUAAAACUAAAGUCCUUUGCAGCUCUCCACAUACAGAAGCAAUGGACACUCCAAGAAGAAAAAACACAUCGCCCAACACUCCCUGGAGGAAAGUGGAUAUAAAAGAGGGGAAAGCAAUGCAUACCCCAAAAGCAACAGAAAGCGAAGACAAAAGCAACAAAGCUUUAAACGAAUCUGCAAAACAGACACUGGACCUAGCAACAAAUAUAUCUGGCAGCAAGAGAUGGCCAAGAACACCUAAGGCAAAGGCUGAGUUGCUAGAAGACCUGGCUGGCUUUCAGGAGCUCUUCCAAACACCAGCCCAUGUCAAGGACUCAGUGACUGAAGAAGGAACCCUCCAAACUCCCUGUGGAUCUUCACAGUCAGGACCAGUGGAUACUUCUACAGCCUCAAGGAGACGUUCUAAGAUAAUCAGGACCAGUAGAUACUUCAGCGACCUCAAGGAGACGUUCUAA